AUGGCACCAUCCAGGCUGAUCAUCUUCGACUUCGAUGGGACGCUGUUUGACACCCAUCGGGCCAUUGCCUACAGCAUCACCAAGACGUUCGAAGUGCUGCUACCCACGCACUCGCCUCGUGAAACAGAAGUGCAGCGACUAAUUGGCAGUGGAAUGGGACUCGAAGAUACUCUCCAGGCCUUGCAUCCCGAUUCGAGCACCUUCAACAAAGAAGAAUGGGUCUCGACGUACCGCCAGCUCUACGCCAGUGAUGGACAACAACUCGUCACGCCGUUUGAUGGCGCACAGCAUCUGUUGCGGUUUCUACAGAGCCGCAACAUCCCCACUGCCAUCGUGAGUAAUAAAGGCGUUGCCGCAGUCGUAGCGGCUCUCAGCAACGCUGGUCUUGGCGAUUGUAUACCAGAGGCCUUAAUUGUCGGUGACAAAACUCCGGGGGCCACCAGGAAACCGGAUCCUGCGAGUUAUGUCAAUGUGCUCGUUCCGGCUCUCAGAGACAGGGGGCUUCUAGAAGGCAUCGAUGCAUCGGAUGUCUUCGUGGUCGGGGAUACCGAGGCGGAUUUGCAAUUUGCAUCGAAUAUCGGUGGUGCGAAAUCGGUCUGGUGUCGUUUCGGAUAUGGUGACGCCCAUAAUUGCGAGAAGCUGAAGCCAGAUGCUACGGUUGACUCGUUGGUGGAAGUGGAACAAUUGGUACAAGUGGUAGGCCAGGGGUAA